UGUAACUGUGAGAGGUGGAGAGGAGAUGAAAGGAUCAGAUUUAACUCAUCAAAGAGAAAGACCAGACUCAGUGGAACCAGAGCCAGGGACGUCCAAACCCGCAAGACGACACCAGUGCUCCUACUGUGGAAAGGGUUGUAACCGGUUAUGGAACCUGAAACAACAUGAAAAAAUGCACACAGAGGAGAAGCCUUAUCACUGCUCCCAGUGUGGCAAGUGUUUUAACCAGUUAGGGAACCUGAAACUACAUGAGAGAAUACACACAGGGGAGAAGCCUUACCACUGCUCCCAGUGUGGCAAGUGUUUUAACCAGUUAGGGAACCUGAAACGGCAUGAGAGAAUUCACACAGGGGAGAAGCCUUACCACUGCUCCCAGUGUGGAAAGUGUUUUGAGCGGUUAGGGAACCUGCAACAACAUGAGAGAAUACACACAGAGGAGAAGCCUUAUCACUGCUCUCAGUGUGGCAAGUGUUUUAAUCAGUCAGGGAACCUGAAACAGCAUGAGAGAAUACACACGGAGAAGCCUUUUCACUGCUCCCAGUGUGGAAAGUGUUUCAACCGGUCAGUGAAGCUGAAACGGCAUGAGAGAAUUCACAAAAUAAUUCACAAAAGGGAGAAGCCUUACCACUGCUCCCAGUGUGGCAAGUGUUUUAAUCAGUUCGGGAACCUGAAACGGCAUGAGAGAAUACACACAGGGGAGAAGCCUUACCACUGCUCCCAGUGUGGCAAGUGUUUUAAUUAUUUAGGGAACCUGAAAUGGCAUGAGAGAAUACACACAGGAGAUGCCUUACCAUUGCUCCCUGUGUGGAAAGUGUUUCAACCAGUUAGGGCACCUGAACUGAAAGAGGAAGAUGGGAAAGAGGUUGUCAAAGUGGAAGGGGAGGAGGUAGAAGCUUUCAGAAUCAAAAAGGAGGAAGAUGCCGUAACAUUGAAAGAAGAGAAUGUAGUGAAAGAAGAGGAAGAACCUUUUAGAGUAAAAGAGGAAGAGGAGGCUAUCUCAAUAAAAAAGGAGGAAGACGUUUUGGGAGUGAAAGCGGAGGAGGCUGAAGAUCAGACUACCACCAGUGACCCUUCCUCCCUCCCGGAGUCACCGUGUCGUACCUCUCCCGGUAGCACCUUACUGCUGGGUAUGAAGAGGUUGUCUGUGCUGCUGGUGGACUGCAGGAAAACAACGGGGCUGAGUGUAACUGUGAGAGGUGGAGAAGAGAUGAAAGGAUCAGAUUUAACUCAUCAAAGAGAAAAAACAGACUCAGAGGAACCAGAGCCAGGGACGUCCAAACCAGCAAGAAGACACCAGUGUUCCCACUGUGGAAAGGGUUGUAACCACUUAAGUGAGCUUAAACGACAUGAGAGAAUGCACACAGGGGAGAAGCCUUACCACUGCUCCCAGUGUGGAAAGAUGUUUAACCGGAAAGGACACCUGAAAGCUCACGAGAACAUUCACACAGGGGAGAAGCCUUACCACUGCUCCCAGUGUGGGAAGUGUUUCAACUGGGCAGGGGAUUUGAAAAAACAUGAAAGAAUACAUACAGGAGAGAGGCCUUACCACUGCUCCCACUGUGGAAAGUGUUUUACCCAGUUAGGGGCCCUGAAACCGCACGAGAGAAUACACACAGGGGAGAAGCCUUACCACUGCUCCCAGUGUGGCAAGUUGUUCACCUGGUCAGGGGAUCUGAAAAAACACGAAAGAAUACACACAGGGGAGAAGCCUUACCGCUGCUCCCAGUGUGGCAAGUGUUUCAACGGGGCAGGGGAUCUGAAAAUACACGAAAGAAUACAUACAGGAGAGAGGCCUUACCACUGCUCCCACUGUGGCAAGUGUUUCAACGGGGCAGGGGAUCUGAAAAUACACGAAAGAAUACAUACAGGAGAGAGGCCUUACCCCUGCUCCCAGGGUGCCAUGCUUUUGCCCAUUUAGGAAGCCUGAAAGAACAUGAGACAGAGGGGAAUGCUUACAAAAGGUUAGAUUUUGGGAAAAGAUAUUACUCAUAACAAUCACUUAAACGUCAUUAGAGAAUCCACACAGGAGAGAGAAAUUACUUCUCUUAGCAUGUAUAUUGAUAUUUCACAUCUAAUUUUUCUUACAAUUCAUCAGAGAACAUACACAGUGCUCCCAUUGUCUUAUAUUGUUGCCUCAUAAUGUGUUUCCCUGUUUUUACCAGAUGAAAUUGCUUCUUCCAAUUAUUGAGUAACAUGUACCUGUUAAGAAACUGACUGUUAGAACUGUUAAGGCUCCAUGGAUUGAUGAGGAAUUUAAAAACUGUAUGUUUGAAAGAGUUGUGGCAAA